AUGGCCUCUCAAAACGAAACCCUGUCUCAACCAUCACUAGUAGCUCCGCACAACCUAAUCCCAUCAAAACCGAAAUCUAAAUGUCCCGGGUGUGGCAAGGAUUAUGUCUCUUUAAAUGGACACUUGGCAAAAGCUUCCGGGCCUUGCGCAGCAAUCAGAGCCCAAAGACUAAUCGAUUCAACGCCAGCGGCAUCUGGUUCAAGUAGCAGCAAUCCAUUAAACGCCAGCUUGGCACCCAUCCGCAAUAUCCAAGCCAUUAAUCCACAACCAGUCGCAGUGGUAGCCGACUUAUCUAAAAAUUUGAUUCAAGAAGCAGACUCAUUCGCCAAUCAAUUCGAAUCUUACAUUGUACUAAAUCCGAACGAAAGCUCUAUUAACGAAUUUGACAAACUUGUUGCCAAGUUUUCCACUUUCCUCUUCGAAGCCAACAACCGACUACCAGGCCCCCAAAUCCAGCUGUUGCAUUCUACCGAAAGCGCAAGCAAGGUCACCGCAAUGUCAUGGAUCGCCAAUACAGAGAAUCAUCAAACCCGCAACGCGCAACAAAACGCCAAGCCCAAAGAACCCGUGAUAAAUAUCAUUACGACAUGGCACAAUGGCAGUACGCCAACCAAAGGAGAAAGGUGGCAAACCGCCUUCUAA